CAAGAGGCAAUGGACGGUCGAAUCGGAUUAGUGAAUCUGUGCGUACGGAUGCGUUCGCUAUAGGAAAAAAGAAAAUUGUGGUGGUGAGAAGAGUAGUGUGUGAAAAACCAUUAACAGAAUUUUCUCUUGUGAAAAAAUGUGAAAAUAUUCUUCUUGCCGUGUUGUAACCAAUCUUACGCAUUCACAAAUCCAUAUGUAUAAGAAAGAGUACCUGUGUUAAAAGCCUUCUUGCACCAGUUGGGGCUUGAAAUUUUAUGACAAUCAUUUAUCCGCAGCGACGAUCACGAUUCGAGUCACAUCGACGAAGCCGAUACAGAGCCCUACAUCGAUGAAAUGGAGCUAUCACAUAGCUUGACGCUCAAUGAGGAGGCGUUUAAACAAUUGCCUGAGCAAAAGCGACCAGUUUUUGUUUUCGAAUGGCUUCGCUACUUGGAAAAAGUGUUGCCAGUUGCACAGAAAUCGGACAUCAAAGGAUGUCAAAAAAAGUUGGUGCAGCAAUUGACCGAGCAUAUUCAGGGUUCACCGGGUCCACCGACGCGCAAAUUAAUAGCCAGCUGCUUGGCGACUCUUUUCUCUGUAGGCGAUACUUUUAUGCUGUUCGACACGGUGAAUGCGUGCAAUGAUAUACUAAAGAAUAAAGAUGAUUCACCCAGCUAUUUACCAACAAAACUCGCUGCAAUUUGUGUAUUGGGUUCGAUGUACGAAAAACUCGGUCGUAUGAUGGGUCGCUCCUAUGAGGAAACGGUUCAGAUACUCAUACGCACACUGCGCAAUGCUGAAUCGCAGGCUCGUGCCGAAAUCAUGAUUACAUUGGAAAAGGUUUGCGCUGGCAUGGGCACCGCCAUCUCAAAUGUGCACAAGGACAUUUAUAAAGCAACAAAACAUUGUCUCACGGAUCGCGUGAUGGCAGUGCGUGUUGCAGCUGCUAAAUGUGUGCUCGAAAUGAUCAAUCACGCACCGUUCCUCUAUCAAAGCGAGCUCGAGAGUUUGGCUUCGUUAUGUUUUCGCGCUUUUGAUGGCAGCAAUUAUGAGGUACGAUGCGCGGUCGCCAAGCUGCUUGGUACGCUGCUGGCUUUCACGCAACAGCCACCAGGUGGCGCAAACAAGAAACCGGUUCAACCCAUAUCAACAAAGAAUCAGGCGCGCAGCGUCUCACUAGACGAAGCCUUGGGCAUAUUAAUGUCUGGCUUUUUGCGCGGUGGAGUCUCAUUCCUCAAGGGCACCGGCGAGAUUAUCAAAGGCAGUUCGAGCGUAAAUCGUGAGGUGCGUGUCGGUGUCACUCACUCAUACGUGGUGUUCGUGCAAUUCAUGGGCAGCGUAUGGCUGGAACGCAAUCUAAGCACAUUUCUGAUGCAUGUACUCGACUUGGUGGCCAAUCCAAAGGCUGCUUCGUCACAUGUGGACGCUGUCUAUUCACGCAAGUGCAUCAAUUUUAUACUUCGAUCGAUUAUUGGCAAAAUGCUUGGUGAGAAGGCGCAAACAUCCGCAUGCAAGGAGCUCAUACAUAUUAUAGCCAAGCAAAUGAAUUCGAUCGACUUCAAUCCGGAAAAUGCAAAGGACUCGAAUCAAGAAACACUCUUCAGUCAACACCUAUUGGUAUGUGCGCUACAAGAGUUGGGAUCGCUUGUGCUCGGCUUGGGCACCACAGCGCAAAGUUUAUUGCAUGAUCAUACAUUAAACUCUAUUGAUGCAACAUGCGCAGUGCUAGUGCAUCCGUGCUCAGCAGCGCGCCUUGCGGCCGCCUGGUGUUUGCGCUGCUUCUGCGUGGCGGUGCCCAGUCAAAUUACACCGUUAAUCGAUCGUUUCGUCGACGCCAUCGAGCAGAUGCGUUCCUCACCAGAAGCUAUAUCUGGGUAUAGUGCAGCUUUGGCUGCUAUCUUGGGAAGCGUGCGCUAUUCGCCGCUCGGCAUACCGCAUACCAAAGGUAAAGUGGUCUUCAACACAGCUGAAGAACUACUUCGCUCCGCAUCGCAAAAUAGUCGUAUGUCCCUGAAUCGUACACAAGCGGGUUGGCUGUUGAUUGGAGCCAUAAUGACGCUCGGUUCGCCGGUGGUUAAGGGCUUACUGCCACGUAUGUUGUUGUUAUGGCGUAACUCUUUCCCACGUUCAAAUAAGGAGCUCGAAUCGGAGAAGGCGAGAGGUGAUGCUUUUACCUGGCAAGUAACAUUAGAGGGUCGUGCCGGUGCACUCUCAGUAAUGCACAGUUUCCUGCUAAAUUGUCCAGAUCUAGUGACCGAGGAUAUAACUCGGCGUUUGCUUACGCCCAUCGAAAGUGCGCUUGCCAUGCUGGUGAACCUCUCACCAGUAUUGAAAAGCUAUGGCACGCAAUUGAAGGCCCCAGCGGCUAUGGUCCGUUUAAGACUAUAUGAAACGCUUUCGCUGCUGCCGCCUAAUGCAUUGGAGUCAUCGUACACGCAUCUGCUGCGCAUGCUGGUGGCCGAGUUCACGCUUUCUGAAAAUCCAGCCAAUACAACGAACUCUUUGCUGCGCGCACUCUGCCAUGGAGACGAUUCUAUAAUUUUGGGUACUUGGUUGCAGGAGACAGAUCAUCGAACCAUUGAAGAUCAGAUGGAACCUAAUCGUAGAUCCGAUGGCGAGCAUCUACAACCCAACAGUGCUGCUGGGUCGGGUGCGCUCGAGCAUGAUGCCUGCUGCUUGUACCGUCCACCAAUUAGUGGUUUGGUGGGCCCAGCCGCUAUCGCCGCCGUUUCCAAUACACCAGUCAACAAGGUCGAUCAAUGUCCGGGUCCACUGCCCUUGGGCGUUGCUGUCAUCGACAUGUCCGUCACGCUGUUUGGUCUAAUCUUUCCGAAAGUGGCCAAUAAACAUCGCUUGCAAAUGUUGGAACAUUUCGCCGAAUGUAUACGGCAAGCGAAGAGUAGCCGUCAAGAAGCCGUACAGAUGAAUAUUUUCACUGCGUUGCUGAGCGGUUUGAAAGGACUCACCGACAGCAAGUGCGGCAUUGGUCAGGAGGAUGUAAAGAAGAGCGCUACAAAUUUGGUCGUGGCAGCUUUGGUGAGCACCAAUUCGACGCUGCGUUGCGCUGCCGGUGAAGCCAUCGGUCGUAUGGCGCAAGUGGUCGGCGAUUCACGAUUUACCGCUGAAUUGGCGCAGAAUUCAUUUGACAAAUUGAAGUCCGCACGUGAUGUAGUCACACGCACUGGCCAUUCGCUAGCAUUGGGUUGCUUGCAUCGUUACGUCGGCGGCAUGGGGUCAUCACAUCAUUUGAACACAAGCGUUUCAAUUCUGCUGGCAUUGGCACAGGACACCUCGUCGCCGGUGGUGCAAGUUUGGUCGCUGUAUGCGUUGGCGCUCAUUGCCGACUCUGGCGGACCAAUGUUCCGUGGUUAUGUUGAGGCAACUUUAUCCUUGUGCUUGAAGUUAUUGCUUUCUGUGCCACAGACCAAUGUGGACGUUCACCAGUGCGUUGGGCGUGUAUUGAAUGCACUCAUAACAACUGUUGGACCGGAGCUGCAGAGCAACAGCGGCGCUGUGGGCGCGAUGCGUUCAUCUUUCCUUUGCGCGUCGGCCAUAAUGCAAGCGCACACCGAUCCGCUGGUGCAGGCCGAGGCUACCGGCUGCCUGCAACAGUUGCAUCUCUUCGGACCGAAAUAUGUUAAUUUGAGUUCGUUGGUGCCCACAUUGGUGAAGACGCUCUCAAGCAACUAUUUAAUGCUGCGUAAAGCUGCUGUUUCUUGUUUGCGUCAGCUCUCCCAGCGUGAGGCCAAAGAAGUGUGCGAACUAGCGCUUACCAUGACGCCUGAGCAAUGUCCGGAUAUCACGAUAACCGAAUAUGGGCUUCCGGGUGUACUUUUUGCCAUGCUGGACACCGAAACCGAUGCAGAAAUGUUGAAAAAUAUCCACGAUACACUAACGUCCAUGCUACAAAUGUUAGCUUCCGAUAAUCUAAGCUCAUGGCUGAGUUUGUGUAAAAAUGUACUAACCGUUGCUGUUGAGGGAAUCUCGCUUCAAGACGAAGCGGGCGGUUUGAAGCAUGAGGCCAUAAAUAGCAAGUCCAACAGCGGCAGUAAUGAUAGUGCAAACAAAGGUGAGGGCGAUGAUGAUGACGAAGAAGAAGAUUAUGAUGAUGUAACUGAGUAUCACGCUGAGGAGAAUACCUCCACGCAUCCGGCCGUACAGCCGCGUUGGCCGACACGCGUUUUUGCAGCGCAGUGUGUACGUAAAAUCAUAGCCACUUGUGAGGCAGCCAAUCCUAUACAUCUGGACCUGAUACAGGCUAAAGAAAUGCAAAUGAUAAAAUCACGUGGCGACUAUCUGAUUCUACAUCUGUCCGAGUUAAUACGUAUGUCAUUCAUGGCAGCCACUUCGGACUCUGAUCAACUACGAUUAGAGGGUCUACGCACGUUACAGGAAAUAAUCGAUCGAUUUGCAAAUGUGCCAGAGCCAGAGUUUCCAGGCCAUUUGUUGCUGGAACAAUUUCAAGCGCAGGUCGGUGCAGCUCUACGUCCAGCUUUCUCACCAGACACUCCAUCGCAUGUCACAGCGGCCGCGUGUGAAGUUUGUUCUGCUUGGAUUGGCUCAGGUGUCGCCCGAGACCUGAACGAUCUGCGUCGCGUACACCAUUUACUGGUAUCUUCCCUCGACAAAUUGCAUACCAAAACCAACAGUACCCAACUAUACAAUGAAUCUAUGGCAACAUUGGAAAAGUUGAGCAUUUUAAAAGCCUGGGCGGAGGUGUACAUUGUCGCUAUGAUCGGCAAUGGUUCGGCCCCGGCCUCCUUGCUGCAAAAGAAACUCACUUCUUCGAACAUAAUAACACCCCUUACAAGUGGUCUAGAUUUGGAAGGAUCCGAGGCGGCUGGCGGAGAUUUUGGUGAUUUCGAAAGCCGCGGCGAAAGUUUGCUCAGUCUGGUUAAACCAGAGCUAAAAAAUCUGUCCACACACUGGCUAGCUGCAAUGAAAGAUCACGCGCUUUUGCUGCUUCCCGUAGAGUUCCAAAGUCAAUUGCCGCACGAUGGUGGCGCUUUCUACACUACAGAUACGAUUAACUCGUCUAAGCCGCACUAUUUGUCCUCGUGGCCGCCCAUCCUGUAUGCAGCUUCGUUGUGGCUGAAGGACGAAGGUUUUGCCGAAUAUGCAAAUACAAGCGCAACAGGUGCCGAUGGCGCCGCAUACGAAUCGAACAACAAUAUUUCUCAUGGCUCACUCUCAGCCGAUCGCUUCCAUAUGAUUUUCGGUAUUUGCAUGGAGGCUUUGUGCAGCACGCGUACAUCUGAGAAGCCGAAAAAUGUCAUCAGUUGUUUGCAAUCACUUUUCACGAUUUUCGAUUCUGAUUGGGCGCGUAAACAAUUGAUUAAGAACAAAACAUUGACCAUUGAACUGUGCAACGUUUUGCAUCGACAGAUUUUGACUCGAGAUGAGCUGCUGGUGCAAUUGCUCUGCAUGGAGAUACUAAAACAGUCGAUACACGCGGCCAAGGAGGAUCUACAAUUGAAACGUGACCAGCACCUUGCUCAAAACAAUAAAAAUAAUGACAACACCGAUAACGCGCACCUACAGACAGAAAUCGAGAAUUUAGGUGAAGGCGGUGAAGGUGGCGAAAUUGUUCCCGGCAAUUCGCACGUCUAUGCCGUGCUGGAGGUGUGUCUUUGUGUAUUCGUUCGACAAAUACCCUCAAUGAAUCCGAGCGUCGCCAGCAAGCUGAGCACAAUUCAAUUUAAGCAGGAAUUAGCCGCCAAAAACAGCUCAUCACAAUCUUUCUUCUCGGUGUUAGCUGAAGAUAACGGCAUGCUUGUUGCCAGCGGCUUACAAUGUGUUGAGGAUCUCACAGCGCUGUGCUCACCGAAAGGCGCGCUAACAAUAUUGCCUACCAUCGCCUUCAUGACUACAUCGAUAAUGCGCGAAAUCGCCAACAAAUCGUCCAUUGACACUACAAUACUCGCAAACACGGGCGCAGUUCAGGCGUCGCUGCAUACGCUCAAAUCCGUAUGCACUAACCGUUGGGCAAAGCACGAAUUAGUCUCCGCCGAAUGGAUGGCAAUAUUGCAAAGCGCACUGGCCACCAUUAUUGACAUGACAAAAACUGCGGGCGACGAAGAAGAGCGAAAGGUGGAUGAAGUAACCAUGUUAUUGGCCAUAGCCGUCUUUAUACUACACACACCCGCCUCGGUGGUGUCCACACCGUCGCUGCAAUAUCCAUGUAUAAAUCACUUCCGACAGUGUAUGCAGUCGGAGCAUUUGUCAGUGAAGUUGAAAUGCAUACAAACUACGCGUUCGAUUUUCGCCAAAGCUGAUCUUAAGAUAUCCACGCCGUACAUCCAUGCACUGGCGCCACGCAUCAUCGAGGGCUUAUAUGCAGAAACGGCGAAGACUCCACGCACCGAUAUGGAGCUGCAGAUAACACUGGAGAGUAUAUUGACCGUAGAAACGUUGAUCGAAUUGGCGGAGCCACAGAAUCGAAACUUGAUGCAAGGUAAUUACCAUAACUCAAAAGCUCAAUAAAACAAUACACCCACAGCUAAAAUUGUUUUGUAUGUUUAUUCGUAUGACUUAAAGUCCACAUACAAAUACAAUGAAAACACACAACUACAUAUCGCCACACUGUCGCCUUGUAGAAAUCGCACCAUCAGAAACUAAUUGGCUACCCGCUUAGAACAUCUCUCUCUCUAUAUCUAUCUCGCCAUCCUUAAGCACUUCCAUGCUGUAUAGAGUUUCCUUAAUGUGUACUUUAUUAUUUAAUUU